AUGGAUAGAGAACCUUGUCCUUGGCGUAUUGUUGAUGAUUGUGGUGGUGCAUUUGCAUUAGGGACGAUCGGUGGAACACUUUUUCAUUCAAUCAAAGGAUUUCGCCAUGCUCCAAGUGGUCAAUAUAGACGUUUAAUUGGUAGUUUAAAUGCAGUAAAACAACGAGCCCCUCGUGUUGGAGCAUCAUUUAGUGCAUGGGGUUGCAUAUUUUCAUUAAUCGAUUGUAGCUUUGUUUACAUAAGAAAGAAAGAAGAUCCAUGGAAUUCCAUAUUGAGUGGUGCAGCAACUGGUGCAAUUUUACAAGCAAGACAGGGACCUGCAGCUAUGGUAGGUUCAGCUGUUAUUGGUGGAUUUAUUCUAGCAAUGAUUGAAGGAACAGGUAUUUUGAUUAAUCGUUAUAGUCAAAUGUUUAUGCCACAACCAAUGCCUGAAGAAGGACCAGUUGAUCUUGACAAAGGCAAAGUUGAUCUAUCUGUACCACAAUUUUUCAGUUCAAAUACGGGACAAUCAUCUUCUACACCUAGCCAUUAUUCAUAA